CGCAGCUCAUAAUCCCUCCUUGAGUAGCUACCAAAUCCCACAAUAUCCAUGUCGACCGGACAGCCUAUACGACGGAAUGAAUCAGAUGAGCAGCUUUACUUUAUUUCCACCCAAAUGCAGGCGAGACAUGAGGAAACAGUCGAUCAAGAGAAUCAACAGCACUUCACGAAUAGUAAGCUUGAGUUCCUACGCAGCUUCAAGAACGAAGACGAACUAAUCACGAUACUGGAAAGCAUAACUCCGUCCCCAAUUCCUGCUAAGCCAAAAAGCAAGUCUUCGUCAAAGCCAAAAACCCCAAGGCUUAAGGCUGCCAAAUCGACCAAGAACCAAUCGAUGAACAGUUUGGUAAGAAACCACUACACUGAUCGACUCAGCUACUUCUCCGGGGACCAGCGGAAGAUCGAUGACUUCUUGAAGGGCAUCAAGAAUACCAGAGACUUGAGCAAGAUCAACAAGACCUCCCUGCUCCUUUAUACUCGAGGAGAAUGGACCUACAUUCUUCGGAACAUAAAGAUGAAGUUCCCUGAUUUAUCUUCUGGGCGAAAGAUGAACUUGAAGGCAAUCACAAGUAAAAUCAACGGAAUGAAAGAAGCGGAUACAGGCAAUAGCUUAUGGGAAAAGGCAUCUAGAUCGUGCUCAAUGACAGAGGAGGAUUUUAGAUGGUUGUACGAUCUCAGUGAUGAGCAAAUGAACGGAACAUUUGUUGAGGAGGAGUACUGCGAAGAUUCGCAAGAUGAUAGGAGAUACGUGUUGACGUUAUCGCAAAACAUGGAACAGAUUGAUCAUCCAUUCGACGAAGAAUCGGAGUACGAAGAAGUGGAGGCAACUGAUGACGAUGAGCUUCUAGUACUCGACGAAAUGGAUGUGCUUAGAUGUAAAGUGGAUCAAGAUCAGGACUCAGAUGUUAUUCUGGAUUCGGAGUUCGAGAAUGAUAUUUUGCUACGGUUUUCACCAAAUUAGGGACAGAGUGUACGCGUAAUACUUCAUUUGGUUGGGUUUAAUUUAUAGAAGUCAGUAAUGGCAAUAACGAUUGUUUUGGAGACUAAGGUAAAAUUGUAAUGACAAUAAUCAUGGGGAUCCAGAUUGCAGUGUUUGAAAAG